UUAAAAUGACAUCAUCGAAAAUUCUGUUGCUUAUUCUUGUAGCUACAGCAUCAGCUUUCACAUACAAUGAAGCAAUUGCAAAAGAAAAUGCAGCAUUAUCUUUUGCUGCUUAUUGUCCAAAUGCAGCAAUUAAUAACUGGUCUGUUGGUUAUGUGAGUAAUUAGUAUCCAGAUCUGACAAACAUUGAAGUUUUUGAGAAUCUAAUUUAGGUAAACAUUUUGAUUUAAUUUUUAGGGAACAAAAGGAUAUAUUGCCUAUAACAAAAAAGAAUCAGCUAUUGUAGUUGUUUUUAGAGGAUCGUCUAAUAUUUAAAAUUGGAUUGAAGAUGUUUCUUUUGGAAAAAUUGCAUAUAAUUUAGCCUGCAAAUGCAGAGUACAUACAGGAUUCUAUGAUGCUUUUUUGUCUCUUAAACCAAAGAUUGAUAAUUUAUUCCCAGGAUAUGUUACUAAAUAUCCAUAUGCUUCUAUCCAUGUUACUGGACAUAGCUUAGGUGGUGCAAUGGGAACAUUUUAUGCCUUAUAAUUGGCUGAAUCAGGAAAAACAGUUCAAUUAUUCACUUAUGGUUCGCCAAGAGUAGGAGAUCCAGAUUUCUAUGAUUGGUUUACCAAAUAUACUAAAAUUACUCAUUUCAGAGUUGUAAACUAAAACGACACUGUUCCUCAUGUAUUAAAAAUGUAUCUAUUUUUUAACAGAUUCCAUUAUAUGCUAUGGGAUUCUAUCAUCAAGAUAGAGAAAUUUGGUAUCAUGAUGGAACUCAUACUGUCUGUGCAGUCACAAGAGGAGAAGAUAAAACUUGUUCAUACUCUGUUAAAUCAACUUCUAAUGCUGACCAUAGCACCUAUAUUGGAUUAAGCUCAUAGGUUGAUUGUUGAUUUAAUUCAUAUGAGAAAAUUAUUAAAUCAAAG